GUCGAUCCAGUAUAAAUCGCCUAGUGUACGUCCUUCGAACACAACAGCCACUAAGUGCAAGGAGCUAUGGAUCAGUGGAAGGGAUUGCUUGGCGCGUGUAUACUGACUGUUGCACUGCUCAAGUUGGCUGAGUCUCUCUCUAUUGACGCCAACUCCCUUGAGUUUUCAGACGACUUAGGUUCCGAGUUUCUGCCCUGCCGGUCUUGGAUUCAAGCUUGCGAGGAAGGGGAGCCCACUCCAAGAUGCACGACCCACGAGGAAUAUGCCCAAUUUCGCUGCCCGCUGCAACAACAACAACAACAACAGCAGCAACAACUUGUCGUCGCUCAAGCGGUUUUUCCAGGGAAAUGCGCAAUGGUUAACGGCAGAUGCAGUUUCUCUCAGACUCAACCUUCUUGCGUACAGAGUUGCCGCUAUUUCGGUCACGAGUGCAGUACGAUUGACCAUUUCUUUGCUGAUCCAGUGACGCCCCGUCAGAGUUGUCCUCCGGGGUUUCCGUCGUCUUCUGACGUCUGUAUUCCAGAAGACGGUGGAUGCGCCUUCCGCAAUCCCUGCGUUCUUUUUCAAGGUCACUGCGGCGGGGAGUACACGUGUGGGAGUCUAGCCGACUAUGCUAUAUUUCUCACCUCGGCUCUUCCGCCGUGUGCGCCACCAGCUCCUCUAAGUCUCAACCCGGUACCCCGAGUUCCCCGUCCCUCACCACCCGGAGAAUGCAUUUACCAGGACGGCCAGUGCAAGUGGUCUCAGUGUCGUACCUGGCUCUCUGCCUCAUGCAGAAUAAGCUGGAAUUGUGGCACAACCUAUGAGUACGAGUUAUCCCAAUACUACCCACGUCCUAGAUGUGCAUACGACCCCACUGAAUUGCCACCUGUUGACCCUGGCAGGUGUGAAUACAAUGUUGAGUUGGAAGAAUGUGCUUUCAGUGAAGUGUGCGACGGGGGGAAGGUUUUUCAAGAAUGUGGAUCUCCCUGUCCUCAAACAUGUGAUGGCAUGGACAUCCCUUCUGGUCACCUCUUUUGUCCAGCAGUCUGCCUCAGAGGUUGCUUCUGUCCUCCUGGCACUAUUCUACACCAGGACCAGUGUAUUCCUCCGCACCAGUGUCCGCCAACUCUGACACCUGCGAAAAGGAAUACAAGAAAAUAAGAUAAUAACUAUGGAAACUGUUAUUCUCAGAUUAGUUAUUAACCUUUCACUCUCGCGUGCUAUCUACUACUGUAGCUAGCCCGUGUAAGACUCUCUGUGAGCCGAGGGUUUGCACUUUAGUGCUUUUCAGUUUGUAACAGCACCGACUUUGGA